AUGGCGUUCCCCGAGGACGCCGCCGCUGCCGCUGCCGCUGCUGCUGCUGCUGCUGACCCUCGAGGCGGCCACGUGGAAGCAGCCAGCAGCAGCAGCAGAGCCAAGGCGGAGGAAGAAGUCCUUGGCUUUUAUCCUUUUCAAAGAUCCCUUCGAUCUGCAAAGGCGAAAUUCCCGCGCGUGGCGCAGCUGAACCUGCUGGUUGUCUUGCCGGUGCUGCUGGCCGUGCUGCUGGCGCUGUGGAAGCUGGCGGCCUCCGUGCGGGCCCCCCCCGCCGCCGCCCCAGCAGCAGCAGCAGCAGCAGCAGCAGCAGAGCCUGCGGCGCUGCAGCCAGCUGCGCCCAACCCGCCAGAGCUGGGGCUUUCGCUGCAGCCGGAAAGCCUCAGCAGCUAUGAACAGGACUACCUCAGCAGCGCAGCAAACUUCUCGAGGACUUGGAACGCAGCUUCGCACACAGUGAAAAAGGCCUUUGCUGCGAACUUCACUCCGCGGGGCCAGGGCGAAGAGCCCAAGGGGCCGGGCUCGCACUUGUACAACGAAAACGUGCGCGAAAUGCAGGAGUUUAUGCAGCUUCCUCCCCCGGAAAGCCCCGAUCGCCGCAGAGCUUACGCGCUGCACUUGAUUGCGUUGAGUUCUGCCUUCAAAGGCGCUUCGGAGUGCCUCAAAAUGCUCGAAAAAAUGGAAAAGAUCCACCAGGAAACGCUCGCGCCGGUGCCGCUGCUGGGAAUUCGACAAGGCGUGCAACUCCCCAGGGCGGGGGCCCUCGAGCACUUCCAGGGGCCCCUCGCGAGCGAAAAAGAACUUCUGGAAACAAUGCCUGGCAGCUUCGAGCCGGGGGAAGCAAAAAAGGUGCCGCAGCUGCUGCUGCAGCGAGUGCAGGGGCUGCUGCAGCUCGAGCGGACACAGCAGCACGGCUUCCACGCCAUUCACGAACAGUUCAAGCCGCUUCUGAAAGCCCUCGGAUACAACUCUUCGCAUUUGACGUUUGUAGAUUUCCAAAAAAUGGAGUCUUUCUGGUUUCCGUAUCCGCAAAACAUCUUCAACACCGCGCGCUUCUUCAUGGAGUACCAGCGGCGAGCUGAACAGACAGACGAACCCGAGAAGCGGUAUCAGGAAACUCUUUAUUUCCUUUCCCAUUCCUGGAGAAAUGCAAAAGACCUUUUGAAAGCUAUCGAGACGAUGCAAAACAGUGCAGAGAAAGCGGCGGCGGCGGCGCUGCGCUGGAAGUGCCUCUUCGCCUACGAGAUCGAAAACCAGCAGGGGCUCAUCAACUUCGCUGAUCCCAUGCUUCUGGGGGUCUUUUUGCUUUGA